CUCUGGGUUUGACAGGGCGGCCGUGAGCUGCGCCCCUGCAAGGGCGGCGGUGCCGGGGGCGGCGGAGCGGAGCGGGCCGGGCUGAGCCCGCAGCGCCGCGCAGGCGGCCCCGGGUGGAGCCCGCCGCACCUCCCGGACUCCCUGCCGCCAGUCCCCGCCGCUGCCAAGGAGCCGAGAGCAGCGCGGGGAUCCGCGCCCGCCGUCCUGGGGAACUGCUGCGGCAAUAUCGCAAUUUAAAAAAAAGGGAAGAAGAAAAAAAAAAAAAAAGGAAAAAAAAAAUUAAAAAAAAAAAUAAAAAAUGAAGACGCUUAAAUGCCUCCUGUCAAAAGUAAAGAGCGAAUCUCAGUUGCAAUGGCUCUGCUAAAACUUGAUCAUGCGGGAUUUCAAGCGAUAAAGAGCUGCUGGGCUGCUAUUUACUGCGGUGGGAACAAGUUGCAGGAUGAAAUCCAGGCGUUAAGGGACCUAUUUUCCACUUCACUGUUUGCAAAGGAAUCUACUGAAAUGACUUUGAGGAUCUUUAAACUGGAACUAUGUGGAGGGAGAAUGCACCCCCCCUUGCCUGUCUCCCUGUCCACCUAGCUGCCCUCCCGGGAUGCGAUGUCGCUCGCAGGCUGCGGCGGGGAUCACGCGUGCGGCCGGCGGCGCGGAGGCCGCCCCUGAGCCCGGGCAGCGAGGGGCGCGACAUGCCCGCGGUCGCGACAUGUCCUGCAGCGACACCGACAGCAGCACCGGCACCUCCGGCAGCCGCCGCCGCUCCGUCUCCUGAGGCGCUGGGGGAUAAAGCUGGCAAAGAUGAGGAAAAUUGGCUGUGCUCUCCUGGUACUCCAAGCUCUUCUGGCACCUUUGGAUCUUGUUCGUGGAGCAGAGAAAAAUUAUCCCGUCCUGAACAUUGCAGUGAUUCUGGGAAGGACCAAGUAUAUAACAGAGAGAGAUAUCAGAGCUCUCUGGACCAGGGAAAUGUCAGCAGACCUGACUGUUGAUAUCAAUGUAGUGACCCUUCUUGUGAACCAGACUGACCCUAAGAGCAUCAUAACACAUGUUUGUGACUUGAUGUCAGGCACCAAGAUCCAUGGAGUGGUUUUUGGAGAUGACACUGAUCAGGAGGCAGUAGCUCAGAUUUUGGAUUUUAUUUCAUCUCAGACUUCUAUUCCAAUUCUUGGAAUUCAUGGCGGGGCCUCCAUGAUAAUGGCAGAUAAGGAUGUCAUGUCCACGUUCUUCCAGUUUGGGGCUUCCAUCCAGCAAGAAGCCAUUAUCAUGCUGAAGAUCAUGCAGGAUUACGACUGGCACGUGUUCUCUCUGGUGACCACCACUUUCCCUGGAUAUCGAGAUUUCAUCAAUGUCAUUAAGACCACUGUGGAGAACAGUUUUGUGGGCUGGGACAUGCAGAACAUCAUCAUACUCGAUACUGCCUUUGGAGAUGCCAAGACCCAAAUUCAGCUGAAGAAGAUCCACUCAUCCGUCAUCCUGCUGUAUUGUUCCAAGGAUGAAGCUGUCUACAUCCUGGACGAGGCUCGGUCCCUGGGCCUCACUGGCUACGAUUUCUUUUGGAUAGUUCCCAGCCUGGUUAGCGGUAACACAGAAAUCACUCCCAAGGAGUUUCCUUCAGGACUCAUUUCAGCAGCUUAUGAUGAGUGGGACUACAGUUUAGAAGCUCGGGUUCGGGAUGGCCUUGGGGUUAUUGCCACUGCUGCAUCAGCCAUGCUGGAAAAGUAUUCCUUCAUUCCCGAGGCCAGGACGAGCUGCUAUGGACAACUGGAGAAAAACGACCGGCCUUCUCAAACCUUGCACAAGUUCAUGAUGAAUGUGACGUGGGAAGGCAGAGAUUUGUCCUUCACAGCAGAUGGGUACCAGGCACACCCCAGGCUGGUGGUGAUAGUGCUGAACAACGAGCGGGAGUGGGAAAAGGUGGGGAAGUGGGAGAACAACUCCCUGAGCCUCAAGUACUCGGUGUGGCCGAGGUACAGCUCCUUCGCCGACAGCGACCCCGAUGACAACCACCUGAGCAUUGUCACCCUGGAGGAGGCUCCCUUUGUCAUUGUUGAGGAUGUGGAUCCUCUCAUGGAAAGCUGCCAGAAAAACACCGUGCCGUGCCGGAAAUUUGUCAAGCUUAACAACAAAACUAAUGAGGGAACUAACGUAAAGAAGUGCUGCAAAGGAUUCUGCAUCGAUAUCUUGAAGAAGUUGUCAAAAACUGUCAAGUUCACAUAUGACCUGUACUUGGUGACGAAUGGGAAGCAUGGCAAAAAAGUCAAUAACGUGUGGAAUGGAAUGAUUGGUGAAGUGGUGUAUCACCGGGCAGUGAUGGCUGUGGGCUCUCUCACCAUCAACGAGGAGCGCUCCGAAGUCGUUGACUUUUCGGUGCCAUUCGUGGAGACUGGGAUCAGUGUCAUGGUGUCACGGAGCAACGGCACAGUUUCACCCUCUGCUUUCCUAGAGCCUUUUAGUGCUUCUGUCUGGGUGAUGAUGUUUGUGAUGCUUCUCAUCGUGUCUGCCAUGGCUGUCUUUAUAUUUGAGUACUUUAGUCCUGUAGGAUACAACAGGAACUUAGCACAAGGCAGAGAUCCCCAUGGACCAUCCUUUACCAUUGGAAAGGCAGUGUGGUUACUGUGGGGCUUGGUCUUCAACAACUCUGUGCCCGUGCAAAACCCCAAGGGGACGACGAGUAAAAUCAUGGUGUCGGUCUGGGCUUUCUUUGCUGUCAUUUUCCUGGCCAGUUACACUGCCAACUUAGCUGCCUUUAUGAUUCAAGAGGAAUUUGUUGACCAAGUGACUGGGCUGAGUGAUAAAAAGUUUCAAAGGCCACAUGAUUAUUCACCUCCUUUUCGGUUUGGGACGGUCCCAAAUGGAAGCACUGAGAGGAAUAUCCGAAACAACUACCCUGAUAUGCACCUUUACAUGACCAAGUUUAACCAGAAAGGAGUCGAAGAUGCCUUGGUCAGCUUGAAAACUGGGAAGUUGGAUGCUUUCAUCUAUGAUGCAGCAGUGCUGAAUUACAAAGCUGGAAGAGAUGAAGGCUGCAAACUUGUCACAAUAGGCAGUGGGUACAUCUUUGCCACCACUGGCUAUGGGAUUGCUCUCCAGAAAGGAUCACCUUGGAAGAGACAAAUUGAUCUCGCCCUCCUUCAGUUUGUGGGAGACGGGGAAAUGGAAGAGUUAGAAACCCUGUGGCUGACUGGUAUUUGUCACAACGAGAAGAAUGAAGUCAUGAGCAGCCAGCUGGACAUCGACAACAUGGCAGGAGUGUUUUAUAUGCUUGCAGCAGCCAUGGCACUCAGCUUAAUAACCUUUGUCUGGGAGCACUUAUUUUACUGGAAACUUAGAUUCUGCUUCACUGGAGUCUGCUCGGAUAGACCAGGAUUGCUGUUCUCAAUCAGCAGGGGUAUUUACAGUUGCAUCCAUGGAGUACACAUUGAAGAGAAAAAGAAGUCUCCUGACUUUUCUUUGACCAAUUCACAAACCAACAUGUUAAAACUGCUGCGAACAGCCAAAAACAUGACCAAUAUCAAUCCUUCAAGAAUUGACUCACCCAAAAGAACAACUGAUUUUAUUCAGAGGGGUUCUUUGAUUAUGGACAUGGUCAUGGAUAAGGGAAACUUGAUAUUUUCUGAUAACAGAUCCUUUCAGACAAAGGACAACUUUUUAGGUGACAACAUAAGUGAACUGCAGACACUUCCUGGCAAUCGACAUAAGGACAAUCUGAACAACUAUGUUUUCCAAGGGCAGCAUCCUCUCACACUGAAUGAGUCCAAUCCAAAUACAGUAGAGGUUGCAGUAACAACAGAAGCAAAAGUGAACUCCAGACCUAGGCAGCUUUGGAUGAAAUCUGUUGAAUCUUUACGCCAAGAUUCUGUACGUCAGGGCCAAGGUUCCCAGAGAGAAAAUGGGUCAGAGGAAAACAGGCAGCUUUCACUGAAAAGCCAAAGAUACCUUCCUGAAGAGAUUGUCCAUUCAGAUGUAUCAGAGACAUCAAGCAGAGCUACUUGCCACAUGGAAGCUGAGAACAACAACAAGCACCGCAAAACCAAGGACAAUUUUAAAAAAAGGACAGUAGCAUCAAAAUACCCAAAAGACUGUAGUGAAGUGGAACUGACAUAUCUGAAAACCAAACAGGGCUCUCCACGGGAUAAAAUCUACACAAUUGAUGGUGACAAGGAGCCAGGAUUCCGCUUGGACACACCUCAGUACAUUGAAAACAUUGUCCUUCCAGAACCUGUAGAGCUUCCCGAUGUUUACCAAGAUCACAACGAGAACUACAGGAAAGCCGAACACUCUAACAGGACUCCGUCACAUAAUGAAGACAGUCUUCCAAAUAAUGACCAGUAUAAACUUUAUGGAAAGCACUACACUCUGAAAGAAAAAAAUACUUCCCUAGGUGACAUGAACGAUAGGUACAGACAGAAUUCCACCCACUGCAGGAGCUGUCUCUCCAACAUGCCCACUUACGCGGGGCACUACUCGACCAGAUCUCCCUAUAAAUGCGAUGCGUGCCUGCGGAUGGGGAACCUCUAUGAUAUUGAGGAAGAUCAGAUGCUGCAGGAUACAACGAACUUAUCACUUCCUGAAGAAAUAUAUGAGCGUACUUGGUCACAAAGUAGUGCUCUGCAAUAUCAUAAAAAGAAUAAACUGAGGAUUAGCAGGCAACACUCUUUUGAUAAUAUCGCUGAUAAGUCCAGGGAAAUUGAUAUUGGAAGACCUUCUCGUAGUAUAAGCUUGAAAGAAAGAGAGAAAUUUCUUCAAAGUAGUCCAUAUGCAAGCAUGUUUAGUGUUCCCUCAAGCAAACUGUUGAGCAACAAGGCCUCACUUGUAACUCAUGCUCUGGAGGACAGUAAGCGGAGCAAGUCCCUGUAUGCUGUUCACUCGGAUGAUAACCCCUUCCUGCACACCUAUCGUGAUGACCAGCAUUUAUCUCUUAGGCGAAGUCCAGCUGAUCUUUAUAAACAUUCAUUGCCAACAAGAGGAAGAAAUGAUAAUUAUUUCAGGUCAUCCAUACAGUCUACAGCAUCAUACUCUUCCAGGGAUGGUCGGAUCCAUAAUGACAUGUACAUUUCAGAGCAUGUUUUGCCUUACGUUGCAAAUAGGAAUAGCUUGUACUCAACUCCAAGGGUUUUAAAUUCCUGUAGCAAUACACGUGUGUAUAAGAAAAGGCCUAGCAUUGAAUCAGAUGUUUAAAUUUUCCAUGAACACUUUAUCUAUAGGGAAAGAAUAGUUGCCACCAUCUUAGAGGGAGAAUUUUUCCUUUAACAGUAUCCUGCUCUGGUAAAUGAUACAUAAACCUCUCCCUUUCCCAAUGUACUUCUGUACAUGAAUAGGUAAACUGGUAUGCUCUGAACUAUCCUUUUAAAAUAUGUCUUGUUGAAAAGGAUAAAAAAUAGCCAUUUAUGUAUGCUUUAUAUAUAAAUGGCAAGUUGUACUGAAAUAGCCCCAAUAUAUGUUGGCAACUAUGCUGCUUUGUACCUAAUUAUUUUACUAUUUCGGUUAUUCUAAUUUAUGUUGCUAAGUAUCAUUCAAUGUACUUUUGUCCUUAGAAAUGUUUAAUGAUUUUCUAGUAUUGGAUAAGCAAUAUGGUAUGCAUGUAGUAUGACACAGAGAAGAAAUAAGGAUGCAUUUGCACAGAUUCAAAAGUAAGACUCUAAAAGAGAACAGAAAUCUAAGACUUCCAAAAGUAUAUUUUAACUUCAUAAUAAUUUUCAAAGCCAAAUAAUAAUUAAAGAAAACCCCAAACCCCAGGACCUUAAUAAAUAAAAUACAGUGUGUUAGCACAAAAUUAGUAUGUUCCUUCUAGACUGACAGACAGUAGAUGGGAAGGCAGUAACCCCAAACAUGUGAACUGCUGUGUACCAAAAGGGAGCCCCAUGGAUAUUGGUUAAUGUUCAUGUACAAAUGCUUUUCUUAUAUUGCACAUGCACUUACCAUUACCAAGUAAGUUCAUUGAAAAGUUUUCAGUAAUCUUGUCAGAAAUUUCACAGCUGCCUAAUCCAGAGUAUAUAUUUUUAGAUAUCACUAUAUGGCACUUACUAUGGAGCUGUGGACUUUAUUAGUAACCUUGAGGCCUAACGUGUAUGUAAGUUUGCAUUUGCCCCUUACUGAUGAUUACUCAGGGCUGUAUAGUAUUUCUUUUAUUCUUUCACUUCCCAAACCAAAUCCCAACCCACUGUAGUUCUUUGUUCAUAGUGUAUUAGUGACAACUAAUUAAUUGUAUAUUAAUAGUAUUAAAGCUGUUAAUACAGUAUCAAACACCGACAGCCAUAAGUUCAGUGUGAUCAGUGAGGAGCGUGGUACCAUUUAUUUGCAUACACAGAGAAGGAUUAACACCUUUGGAAGGACUUCUUCCUUCCACAAUAUUGUGCAUAUUUGUUGAACAUCAGACCAUUUUUCUAACCUCUCUAAUCAAGUCUGUUAUAUAAAGUGAAUAUAUGCACACAUAACUAAAACAGUAUCUUUAUUAUCACUUUCUGAUACACAAGGAUAUUCCAAUAACAGGGAUGCAUUGUUAUAUGACUUUUCCUUCUGUAGAUGUCAAUCAGAUUAUUUCACAAAUGACAUGUCUGCUACGCACCCCUCCUUACCCUCACUGGAAGAAAAAAACCCCACUAGAUUUUAACCAUAAGGGAGCGUGAAAGGGAAGAGAGGAAGCCUUUCAGAAGAGUGUACAGCUGUAAAUUUAAUUUCCACUAAAGAAGUAAACAUAAUUGCUAAUACAUUUAACUACUGAAAGUGUUCCAGAGGUGGUGCUCUCCCAUUUUCCUGCUACUUUGAGAAUUGCUUUAGGAUUUUUGUGUAGAGGAAAUUUAGAUUAUUCAAGCAUUAUUCCCUCCAUUUCACUGAAGAACAGUGAGCAGGGAAACCAUUACCACUGUGAAUUGGAAAAUGUGAAUAUAAUCCUAACUUUUCUCUAAACUGAAACUCUUUUCAGCAGAAUUGUGCCUGUCAGCUGUAAUUGAAGCAUCUGCAUGCCAGAGGUGCAGUAUGCAAUGUGUUUAAUUUAGAACAGCAUACUGCAGAGCAGAGUUGCAAACAGAAAAUAAUAUAAAUGAUGUGUAGGGAUAGUCAAAAUAAAGCUUCCUGAAUUUUGUUUACAGCUUUUUUUUUUUUUGUUAUUAUUAAACAGAUUUAAACUGACUUUGACUAUCGAAGUCCAGAAUGAGUUCUUGUUAUUUUCAAAUGUAUGUGUACCUUCACCAUGAUGGUGAGGGAUGAUAUUUUGUAAGGAAUGAAAUGUAAUGAGAUUUGGGCUUCCGAGUCUCUUUCUAGCUUCCAGAAAUCUCAGUAUACUUUUAUUAUAAGUAUGAUCAGAAAGCAUAUCUAUGGGUAUCUCUAAACUGUUCAGGUAAAAAUAUGUUUUGGGUAUUCUUUAUUCAACAUUUGGUCAUAAUUAUUGGCCCUGAGUCACAUGGGAUGCUUUCUGGUUCCUCACUGGAGGGAGUUUUUAUAAACAGAAGUUCCUUACCUGCCCUUAGAGAGACUCAGAUUUCUUAGGAAGGGCUGUGUGAGCUAAGCAGGGUUAGGAUAUCUGUGGGAUUAACACUGCUUGUCAUGAACCCAAACCUUUUCCCAAAGACACAAGUAUGCUUUGCUCUUAAGUCUACAGGAAGGCAAAUGCACUGAAGGCAUAAUGUUGUAAUGACUAUAAAAAAAAUAUUUCAGGAAAAUUUUAAUAUCCAAUCCAAAUCAUAGUAUAUUAACUAUAAUCCAAAGUGUUUUGAACUAUCUGGUGUGUUUCAGCAGAUAUGAUUUUUGCUGAUGUCAUGCCAAAUCCUGCCAUGGAAAUUGCUGAGCAUUUUACCAAGUAAAUCAUAAAACUCAGUGGUGGCUCUUGUCUUUCACAUCAUCAUAAAGCUCUCAAGUAUUUGUUGAUCGCUCCAAGUCUUUUGUAUCAUCAUCUCUAUCUAACCAGACACACAUUAUUCAAUAUUUAUACAAGUACUGUAUGUGAAGUUGUGGGAGAGAAAAAUUCCCAUUUACAUUUUCUCUCUUGAGAUUCAGUUGUAAACAUCCUCAACCCAGGUGGAUUUAUCUUUCUGUGAAAUGUACAAGCAAAUUAGCUACAAGAAAAUAUAUUGCAGUGUUUGCUUUUUCUGAUUUGAGCAGAUUUCUGGUGACUGAAGAGAUUUAUUAUUAUUAUCUGCAAUAUGCAAUACAACCACCUGCCCUAAACCAAACUAGAGAGACUGAGGGAAGAUUUGAUAAUGUUGCACAGCAGUUGUUCACAUGGAAAUAUAAGAUGCUGCCUUAAAGAGGGAAAAAACCCCACCAGAUACUGAAAGCAGAGGGAGAGUCUGCAUGCAUUUGUUGUUUUGAUCUUGGCAUAAAUCCGAGUCUAUGAAGGGGGAAGGAGAGCUGAGGCAGGGCUGUGGGCAGUUGCCUGUGUGGUUGCAGAUGUGCUCGUGUAAAGAAGAAGCAGCUGAGAAGUUGAAGAAAAAUCUUCAACAGAGCCACAAGCCACAGCUUGUGAGGCUCAGCCGUAGAGCGCGUGGAAUUCUGAAUUUUGCCUGAGCUUUGUUGAUAUAUUUGCACUGACUUUCAAUUAAACUGAGAUCAAGACUUUCUGUAUUUCCCUCUCUCUCACUCUAGCUGCUGCUAUACUUGAAGAGGAGAAAAGAAUCUUCCUGCAUAAGUGGCCAUCCUUUCUGUACCUUUCUGGAUGGUGCUGGUGACUUGUUACAUUUUCCUGAUUACAGCUCUAGCAGUUUGUUGGUCAUUCCUAUCACCAAGAUUUCCUGUGACUCCAGCUGGAACUGAAUCAGGCUGUAAAUGAUAUGGGUCCUUCUUGGUAGCAUGUCCUGUAGUGUUACACUGCUCCUGGACGACACCUUUUGUGGAGGCAGGAUAUUGAAUUGCUGAGGAAUGCAGUAGGUACAUGGAGGUAAAAACAGCUACAUAGACAUACCUGCCUCUUGCUUUUUUUCUCUUUUAAAGAUAUUGUAGAAUUUCUUCAUGGUUUUGUCUUUCCCUUUUCACUGCAGUAAAUUUUCCUUUUUUUCUCUCAAAUAGAUUUUGUGUUCUGCUUGUUUCUUAGAACAGUGUAGCCACCCACGAAUUUAAAAGCAUGGAGAUAAGAUAUUUUAAUAUAUAAGAUAAAAUUAAGGCAAAUUAAGAGUUUGCAUUUCUGGAAAAUUUAAUUUAAUGUUUUUGCAGCUUUUUCUCAGAAUUCAUUACUCUGCUAUCUAAGAAGUUUGGUUAGGAGAAAGAGUGCUGUGGACAGACAGAAAUGAAAUCACCGCCAGCUCACUGUGUUUUGGCAGCAUCUCAUAAAUACAUGUCUCUUUAUGGUCUUUCAGGAACACUUAAGAGGUGAAAUAAGGCUCAGAAGGGGAAUCAGGUGUGGUUUGUUUUUCCUGAUGAAGGCAAAUAUUUUUACACAGUUUUAAAGGAGGCAAAGGCUAGAGCUGUGUGAUUAGCUUUGGGUUUCUGUGCUGGAAGGCUGAGCUCAGUUACCAGAUGGGAGAGAGAGAAAGCAAGAGAAAGCAAGAGAAAGCA